UCUGCAAAGCAAGAAGAGGUUUUGUUUUUUUUUAAUUGCUCCAACAGUUGCAAAAGGACAAGAGGACCCAGAAGAAGGAGUUCAGAAGAAAAGUGUGACUCCCGAGAACCUAUUUUUGGAGAUUCUUACAUUGCUGGAUUAAAAUGGAAGGGAACCCCUUCCCUGUCUGGCCAAAAGAAGAAGACCCAGAAGAGGUUGGAGAAGCCCUUGGAGGCCUCCAGAAGGUUGUUGCCUUCAAGCCCCAGGCAGAUGAAGGAGGAAGUCCACUGUUGGGGUCAGUGCCUUCUGGGUUUAUUGGACACCACCCACAAAGGACAACAUUACAUUGGGCGAAAGAAGAAGCAAGAGAGGGUGCGACAAGAUGCUGGGAAGCCCAGUUGCAGAUGUUUCUGAAGAAGAUGGAGUCACCUUGUUCCACCUGGAGAUCCGCACCCUUGGCAGAGGUGCCUACACCAUGGGACAACGCCAAGGCAUUUUUGGAUUCCUUUGAGCAAGUGGCCAAAGCUUGCCAGUGGCCCAAGGAAGAAUGGGUAGCCAGGCUCUUGCCGGCUCUCCGUGGAGAGACCCAACAGGUCUUUGACGGAAUGUUGGCCAAGGAUAGGGUAGAUUACGGGAAAGUGAAGGCGGCCAUCUUGCAAGGGGACACCCUACAGAGGGAGAAACAUCGUCAGCACUUCCGUCAUUUCUGUUACCAGGAGGCUGAGGGACCUACCGCAGCAUACAACCAGCUCCAAGAUCUUUGUUACGGGUGGCUGAAAGUGGAGAGACACUCUAAGGAGCAGAUCCUGGAGCUGUUGAUCCUGGAGCAAUUCCUGGCGAUCCUGCCCCGGGAGAUCCAGAGUUGGGUCUGGGAAUGCAGCCCCGAGACAUGCUCCCAAGCGGUGGGCCUGGCGGAAGAGUUCCUUCAGCGUCAACGAGAGGCCAAGGACCGCUGUGGAAAGCAGUGGGGGAAAUGAAGAACGAAGACGUGGUGGAACCUUGUGAGAUGCCUUCAGAAGACAACCCUAUCGAAGUCCUCAAAAAAAACCUACGGAAGCAGGGUGGAUCAAUCAGAUCUGAGGGGAUCCCUCUAGAGAAAAGGAGUGACGUCGCCAUUUCCUGC